AUGGCCCAUUCCCUCUACCUCGUGUAUCUAAUUCUGAGCCGAGUCAUAGACAACGUGGGGAGCACGAGGAAUAUUCUGCACAAAAACUCUGCUCCCUCCGUUGAUCCUUACCUGAAGCUCCGGCGCCGUGCAAUGGGCGACCUUGACGAUCUUUGCGGUCGAGCUCCCACAGGCAGCAGCUUUCUCUCUCGCCUCACAGGCUCAGACAGAGCCCUGCCAGACAAGGACCAUCGACGAUUUGACGCCCGCCUCGGUCCGGUGGGGAACCCAAGAAAUGUCGCCUAG